AUGGCUACGGGUUCGCGUAUGGCAGGGAGACCGACCUUAAAUGGACAUUCAGGACGAACACUGCUGACCACUACCUUUGCACUCACAGCGCUCACGGAACACUCACGACCCGCCCACGCGUCGCGUAUCGAUCUAACAUCAGGGGGUCCCUUCGCGGCUGGACACGUGCCAGCUCUCAUGUUACUCGAUUUUUGACCUUUUCAACUCCGUCAAUUAUUGUUCUCUUGGUUUUGAGUUGCAACUUCGACUAUUUUGCUACCUAGCGAUUGUUUUUUUCUCCUGCACAGCCUACAUUUUUUUCUUCGUUUUUUUCUCCGAAAUAAAUUCGUAGAUAAAUGUGUGGUUAAAUUUAUUUUUAAUCCCGAUAUAGUGAAUUCCGGACGAAAUUUUCACGUUUUUCAGAGUAGGAAAAAUAUCUGCAUACUGAAAUUUUUGCGCGUUUCGCUUCAAGACGUGAAAUCUUUGGCGCCUUCGCUUUAAGACUUGUAAUUCACCACCAUACGGUAUUUUUGCCAGAAAAAAAAACGUGACAAGCUGGCGCGGAAUAGCCUAUGCAUAUAUUUUCAAAACAUAUUACAUUUCCACGGCCUAGGAUUCCAAACAAAAAAGAGAAACUAGAGAAAAAAAUGUGAAAAAAAACCAGUUAGAAUUAUAAUGUUUUGCUUUGAAAACGUUCAUAAAACUAAAGCCAUCCUCAAAUUAAUUUCGCAAAAUUCAAAGUAGUCGCCCGUAUGGUGAAAAGAUAAUUAAAUUCAGAGUAAGAAAUAAUUUUGAAUCUCGCGGGAAAACAUGCCUGUUCAGCACUGUUGAAAGCUGUCUGGCGCGAGGUUACCGUAUGGUUCAUACUGCGCAGUCUCUUCUUCCUGGAAAUAAGAAACAUCAUUUAUCCUUUUUGCGCCUCCGUGUACACGGACGAAAAUUUUAAAUUCGCACAUCUCUCCAGAAUCCCGUACAAGGCGAUUCGACGCAGUGGAACUCGGACAUUGGUAACGCGAAACGGACGUGCUCCGGACGUUUCUGGGCGAUUCAAGAGAUCACUUAAGAGCGUUAAGACUACUAAAGUGGUCACUAGAAACAGGCUUGUGCGAGGGCCGGCCCGUCGCCCUCUCGGCCCCCCGACCAUUUCGUAAGCCCGGCCCGGCCCGGCCUUAGCGGGCCUCAAGAAAAAAUGGCCAGCCCGGCCCGAAUCCGCAAUUUUUUUCUAGUCGGGUAUCAAGUUUUUUAAGACAAAAAUUACGUUUUUUUGCUCAUUUUUUUCUCUUAAAGUUUAACAAAAAAACUAUGAUUUCAGAAGUAAAAGUCACAUUUCGGUGAAAAAUUUUUUUGAAUGAAAUUUUUAAAUUGUUUUUGAAGCCCGGCCUGGCCUAGCCCACGCGGGCUUUUUUUCUUGAAAAAUGAAGCCCAAAGCCUGGGCCAGGCCGGCCUGGGCCGGGUCGUCCGGCCUGUCGCACAAGCCUGA